AGUUUAAAAAGAUGAAGACAUCUUGGCAUCAACACAUCCUACAACACAUCCUAUUCACAGCAUACAAAAGGAAAUCAAUCUUAUUACAGACAUGGAGGCCAGAUUCAUUGUGGUGGUUGUGUUCGUCUGUGCUGUUUGUCAUUUAACUGAAGCCAAGUCGUUCACAACGACAGCGCUCACUGCCAACAUCAAUGAUACAGAAUGUGGCAGGUCUAAGCUGUGCGUGUCCAGUGCGCCUAACUGUAAUCCUGAAGGAAACGCCAGCUGUUUUUUCAUCUCUACACAGUUCAGUAAUGCAAUACUGACUGUGGAACUCUCCGGCACGACUUCAGGAUAUGUGGCAUUGGGACUCAACAAUUCUGCAUUCGCCGGCUUGGACAAUGUUGUGCUGGUCUGUGGCAACAAUGAAAGCAGUGCCUUCUUUGAAACAGCAAAACAAAACGGCUCAGCGCUGAGUGGGUUUGACGUGCCCAUCGUAACUAUACCUACAAUUCAGGGAGCAGUAACUGGAAACCAGACUCAUGUUCAGUGUAUCAUCAGCGUCAAUACCACCGGCCUCCCAGUGGGUUCUCAGCUGCCGUUUAUCGUUACCAUCUUUAAUGGAACCACAAAUGGAACAAAGCUGGGAAAUCCAGGAACAGUAUUUACAUCCAACAGAUCAUUAGACCUGGCAAAUCCAACGAGCAACGCCCGAUUCGACAUCACUCGUAACGGGUGUGGCAUCUCGAAGCUGUGCAUAUCGAGUUCGUCUGGCUGCGAUCUUGCAGGAAACUCCAACUGCUUUUUCAGCUCAAUUCAAGUGAAAAACCAAAGUUUCUUCAUUGAACUCAGCGGUACGACAACAGGAUAUGUGGCACUGGGACUCGGUAAACAGGGAACUACAUACGCGUUCGCCUGCGGCAAGAACAACAACAACUUCUUCUUCCAAACAGCUACUCAAAACGGCACAGUUUUGACCCCUGCUAAUGUGACCACUGUACACAGCGCUGAAGGUAAAUUAGCACCAAACACGCCUCUUCAGUGCAUCUUCAACAUCAGCAGCAGUUUCAACAACAUCAGCAGCAAAGCUGAAGACACCCAGUUUAAUGUCACCAUCCUCAAUGGAACCACCAAUGGAACAAGCCUGGGAAAUGCAACUACACAAUUGAAGUCCAGUGGAGCUUUGGACCUGGCAUCUCCAAUCAGUGUCAGCAACGAUCCGUUCAACAUCACUCGUAACGGGUGUGGCAUCUCGAAGCUGUGCAUAUCGAGUUCGUCUGACUGCGAUCUUGCAGGAAACUCCAACUGCUUUUUCAGCUCAAUUCAAGUGAAAAACCAAAGUUUCUUCAUUGAACUCAGCGGUACGACAACAGGAUAUGUGGCACUGGGACUCAGUAAACAGGGAACUACAUACGCGUUUGUCUGCGGCAAUAACAGCAACAACUUCUUCUUCCAAACAGCUACUCAAAAGGGCACAGUUUUGACCUUUGCUAAUGUGACCACUGUACACAGCGUUGAAGGUAGAUUAGCACCAAACAAGCCUCUUCAGUGCAUCUUCAACAUCAGCAGCAGUUUCAACAACAUCAGCAGCAAAGCUGAAGACAACCAGUUUGAUGUCACCAUCCUCAGUGGAACCACCAAUGGAACAAGCCUGGGAAAUGCAACUACACAAUUUAAGUCUAAUGGAGCUUUGGACCUGGCAUCUCCAAUCAAUGUCAGCAACGAUGCGCUUCAGCUCAACAUCACUCGUAACGGGUGUAACAGCUCGAAGCGUUGUUUCUCAAAUGUGGGCAAUUGUGAACCUGCAAAAGACUCCAACUGCUAUUUCAGCUCAGUUAAAGUGAAUAACCAAAAAUUCCUCUUUGAACUCACUGGUUCGACAUUGGGAUAUGUGGCACUGGGACUCACUAAAAAGAAUUCCACCUUUGUGUUUGUCUGUGCAAACAACAACAGCUCUGCUAACAACAGAACAUUCUUCUUUGAAAAGGCUACUAAAAAUGGCACAACUCUGACGCUUGCAAAUGUGACCACCGUCUUCAACAACCAAGGUGAAGUAGCAAAAAACCAGAAUCUUAUUCAGUGCAUCUUCAACACCAGCACCACUUUCAACAUCAGCACCAAAGGUGAAGACGAGAAGUACCAACUCAUGAUCAUGAAUGGAACCACCACUGGAACUAAACUGGGAGACGUAAAGGUGCUAUUUGACACCAAAAGCGAAGUGGACCUCUCUGAUCCUAGUGGGACUUCAAACAGCAACACUGUAAUCGCCAGCCUCUACACUAAUGUGUUUGCUGUGCUGCUCAGCGCUCUGACUCUCCGCCUCCUAUAAAAACCUGCUUUAAUACCAUUCUGAGCCUAUGUUGGCGGGAUCAGCUGAUCAGUGCAUGUGUGUUUAUAGAUAUAUGAAGCUAUUCUUAAUGGGCUGAACACAUCUGUAUGUAAAUGUAUUUUUUUUUCCCUUUCUUCAGUCAAGAAAUGUUUAUUUACACUCAUGUUCUACUUUUCCAUAUAAGAACUUAAUCAGAGAAAAAUGUAUCGAAUAAAAUCUACUUAAUCAUAUUAGCUUAGAUUUUUAUUUUAGAUAAUUUAUCAGGUUUUAUUAAAGGCCACAAUAUCAUCCUGUUUGAAACUGUAAAAGACUCUCAUCUGAUGAGCUGGUUAUUAUGCAGGAGGAAAAUCGUGGGGAGAAACUAGACAUUUAAAGAGUCUCACAAUUUCCACUUAAUUCACAAUAUUGAGUUCACGAGUCAAUUUUCCCACAUUAUAUGAAAAAAAAAAGAUUCAGUGAAAAAUUUUAUUCUUAAAAAAAAGCAAUAUUUGUUUCUAUUCUUUAUCAACUUUAAUAUUCCUUUUGUUUACAAAAAAUGUUUUUAAUUUUCUUUAAUAACCAACAAUAAUUACUCACAUUUGUAACCUAAGUGAACAGUAAUAGCAAAUGCAUUUUCUUAAUAAACUUAUGACUAUUUGUGCUCUC